UCGAUGAUAUUCUCGGCGCCCUUCCGGAAGCUAAUGGUGCCGGUGAUGAUCAAAUCGGUUCGCGUGGAUCCCAAAGUGAUGUUCGCCGCCAUCGCCCGCAACCGCUCCAAAGAGGAGAUGAAGGAGAAGGAGGCGGUUCAGGAACAGGUCCGCGAGUGGCGGGACAUGAAUCUGGAUGAGGGCGAACAGGCCGGCUCUAUACUGGCCGAACUCGACCAGACCAACGAGAUAUUGGAUCAGCUGUACGAACGCUUCCACAUCUACAAGUCAAUGAUGCCCUUCUAUGUGGACUCAAACGCUAAAUUACUGGUCACUCACGGCUUGGAAGUGGAGAAUGUGAUGGCGUUUCCCAUUCCCCGAAAAGUGGACAAUCAGGACCUCGGCCUCGACUCCUAUGAGUUUCUGCCCAAUGAAGACCUGUGCGCUAUCGACCCGUGCGAUCGUCAAACGCUCAAUCAAUACUUGGAGUUAUGCAAAUCAAUGGCAUCUAUAAUCAAACGAAACGGUGCAGAAAAAAUUAAAUGCGAUUACAAUUACCGUAAUAUCGGCUCAGAUGUGAUUCAAGGCUACCGAAUGGCCAACAAUGAGAGUCACGUAAUGUUUAGAGCGUUGGACAAAAUAAUGCAGGCCGUGGCGCAGGACGACCACAACAACAACACCGCCGUAGCAGACAAUAACAUAGCUUAUAGAGUUUGGGCCGAUAUGCAGGACAGGCGAGAAUUUGAUCUCAACAAAGAUCUCAUUCAUCAGAUCCAGAGAAACGAGCGACUCAUCCGAAGUCUCGUUGAUAUCGUCAAUGAGAAUCUGGUGCCGCAGAAGACGAUUAAAGUGUUGGAGAUAAACGCGAUGGGAGGCGCGCAGGUGUUGGCCCGGGAGGUGGAGAAGUAUGUGGCCGACUAUCACAUGUAUCCGAUUGAUGUCGAGUAUAAGCUGGCGGUGACCGCGAAGGAGGGCUGUCCGGAGUCGUUGGCCGACAGGACUGCG